AUGAGUCAUCCGGGUUGGGUGAUGGUUUCGUUUCUAACCGAACUGCUCAGCUCUUAUGGUGGACUCGGACAGUCGUCUUCUCGUUGUGCAAAUGACACUGAAAUAAUUGAUAAUCUUCUAAAGGAUACGUAUAAUAAACAUUACAUACCUGCUCAUCCUGUUCAUGUUCGCGUUGAUAUGUGGGUACAAGAGGUUACAGCAGUUUCAGAACUUACGCAGGACUUUGAAAUUGAUCUGUAUAUAAAUGAAUUUUGGGAGGAUCCUGCUCUUGUUUUCGAUUUUAUGAACCCAUGUAAAAGUAACAUAUCUUUUGACGACAAGGUGCUACAAAAACUUUGGAUUCCCAACACAUGUUUCAUCAACUCGAAAACUGCUGCGAUACAUGAAUCACCGUUCAGGAACGUGUUUCUGAUGGUUUUUUCAAAUGGAACAUUGUGGACAAAUUAUCGCAUGAAGCUCACUGGUCCUUGUGAUAUGAAUCUGAAGCGCUUUCCCUUCGAUCAGCAGAAAUGCUUUUUAACAUUCGAAUCAUUCAAUUACAACACUGGCGAAGUGCGAAUGUCUUGGAAUCAGCCUUAUCCUGUGAUGAUGCUCAAAAAUAUAGAACUGCCCGACUUCAAAUUGACCAAUUUCAGUGUUAUUGCAGUUGAACAGAUGUAUCCCGCAGGUUGGUGGGAUGAGCUGACGGUGGCCUUCGUAUUCAAGAGAAGAUAUGGAUGGUACAUUUUGCAAGGCUACAUUCCAACUUAUGUGACAAUUUUCAUUUCCUGGAUUUCUUUCUACCUGGGAUCGAGGGCUAUUCCUGCGCGAACAAUGCUCGGUGUAAAUUCUCUACUAGCCAUGACCUUUCAAUUCGGCAACAUCAUCAGGAAUCUUCCUCGUGUAUCAUAUGUGAAAGCGAUCGAUGUAUGGAUGCUCAGUGGCAUGAUGUUCAUAUUUCUCUCCUUGCUUGAACUAGCCGUUAUUGGAUUUAUGUCGAGGAAUGAAGGAGCUCCUCGUCGCAUAACACCAAGGAAGCGCAGUUUCGAUAUUGAUGAAUUUGCUUGGAAAGAAAUGCCCAGCCCUAGGAUUGGACUCCGUCAGUUCUGGGUUGAUAAACGUUGCUCAUCGCUGAGGAACCAUAAUGAGUACGGCUUACUGAAAUGUGUCUGGACAUCGCAUUCAUCGUCUCGUCGUAAUGGUUUCAUUGAAGCAACCAUCAAAUGUUAUCCAACAUUGUCUGCUUGUCUUAUACUUAUUCCUGCAAAAUUGCAGGUGGAUCAAGGAGCAUCACCAUCUGAUGCGCAUACUACCGGUGACCCUCUUGCAUGCACCAUUCCGACCGUUCGGAGGCGGCGAGUGCGAACAGGAAUAUGGUUUCGCAUAAGAAGGCACACAAGAAGUUUAUUGGAUAUGGAACCUGAAACAGUUGAUAAAUACAGGUUCGCUUCCUUCAAAUGUGCUUAUAAAUGUCCAAGAAAACUUCAUCUUCUAUGA